GUGUGUGUGUAUCUGUGUGUGUGUUUCGAUUGCAGAAGCAAUGGAUGGGGCUGCAUCGAGCGCCGAGUCGUCGAGCGGCGCCGGGGAGCGGAAGCCUGGGGUGCGCUUGCCGGGGCCUGCCCCGUGGGCCGGCAGGACGCGAGCCUGACAAGUGCCGAGGUGGCGCCGGAGGGAACUAACCCGGCGGAGGCCACGAGUCAGUCGGUGACUCACGAGCAUCGUGCCAGGCUUCGACACCUCCACUGCAGCUGUGGGCCUCGCGCUGUGUGCCGGGUCCUGCGCGGCAGGGCGCCUCUCCUCCCCGGAACUCUAUUUUAAGAAACUCUCAAGUAAAAAGAAGCAAGUGAUGGAGAAGAACGGGAAUAACCGGAAGCUUCGGGUUUGCGUCGCUACCUGCAACCGAGCUGAUUACUCCAAACUGGCCCCCAUCAUGUUCGGCAUCAAGACAGAGCCUGCGUUCUUCGAGCUCGAUGUGGUCGUGCUGGGCUCUCACCUCAUCGACGACUACGGAAACACAUACCGCAUGAUUGAGCAAGAUGACUUUGACAUCAACACCAGGCUGCACACGAUUGUGAGAGGGGAGGACGAGGCGGCCAUGGUGGAGUCGGUGGGCCUGGCACUCGUGAAGCUGCCGGACGUCCUCAACCGCCUGAAGCCCGACAUCAUGAUUGUUCAUGGGGACCGGUUCGACGCCCUGGCCUUGGCCACGUCGGCCGCCUUGAUGAACAUCCGCAUCCUUCACAUCGAAGGGGGAGAGGUCAGCGGCACUAUCGACGACUCUAUCAGACAUGCCAUAACGAAGCUGGCUCACUACCACGUGUGCUGCACCAGAAGUGCAGAGCAGCACCUGAUCUCCAUGUGUGAGGACCACGACCGCAUCCUCCUGGCAGGCUGCCCUUCCUAUGACAAGCUGCUCUCCGCCAAGAACAAGGACUAUAUGAGCAUCAUUCGGGUGUGGCUCGGUGAUGAUGUAAAGUGUAAAGACUACAUCGUCGCCCUGCAGCACCCCGUGACCACUGACAUUAAGCAUUCCAUAAAGAUGUUCGAGUUAACACUGGAUGCCCUUAUCUCUUUUAACAAGAGGACCCUAGUUUUGUUUCCAAAUAUCGAUGCAGGCAGCAAGGAGAUGGUCCGCGUGAUGCGGAGGAAGGGCAUCGAGCAUCACCCCAAUUUCCGUGCAGUCAAGCACGUCCCGUUUGACCAGUUCAUACAGCUGGUUGCCCACGCUGGCUGCAUGAUUGGGAAUAGCAGCUGCGGAGUGCGGGAGGUCGGCGCCUUUGGAACCCCUGUGAUCAACCUGGGCACACGGCAGAUAGGAAGAGAAACGGGGGAGAAUGUUCUUCAUGUCAGGGAUGCUGACACCCAAGAUAAAAUAUUACAAGCACUACACCUCCAGUUCGGUAAACAGUACCCAUGCUCAAAGAUAUAUGGGGAUGGAAAUGCUGUUCCAAGGAUUUUAAAGUUUCUCAAGUCCAUUGACCUUCAAGAGCCACUACAGAAGAAAUUCUGCUUCCCUCCUGUGAAGGAGAACAUCUCUCAAGACAUUGACCACAUCCUGGAAACCCUGAGCGCCUUGGCUGUCGACCUUGGAGGGACAAAUCUGAGAGUGGCGAUAGUCAGCAUGAAGGGUGAAAUAGUUAAGAAGUACAGUCAGUUCAAUCCUAAAACCUAUGAAGAAAGGAUAAGUUUAAUCCUGCAGAUGUGUGUGGAAGCCGCGGCAGAAGCUGUGAAACUCAAUUGCAGGAUUCUGGGAGUAGGCAUCUCCACAGGCGGCCGCGUGAAUCCCCAGGAAGGAGUUGUGCUACAUUCCACCAAGCUGAUCCAGGAAUGGAACUCUGUGGACCUCAGAACGCCGCUCUCCGACACCCUGCAUCUCCCCGUGUGGGUGGACAAUGACGGCAACUGCGCCGCCAUGGCAGAACGCAAGUUUGGCCAAGGAAAAGGACAGGAGAACUUUGUGACGCUCAUCACAGGGACAGGGAUCGGUGGGGGCAUCAUCCACCAGCACGAACUCAUCCAUGGCAGCUCCUUCUGUGCGGCAGAGCUCGGCCAUCUCGUGGUGUCUCUGGACGGUCCUGACUGCUCCUGUGGAAGCCAUGGGUGUAUCGAAGCGUAUGCCUCGGGGAUGGCCUUGCAGAGGGAGGCAAAGAAGCUGCAUGACGAGGACCUGCUCUUGGUGGAAGGGAUGUCAGUGCCAAAAGAGGAAGCUGUGGGCGCCCUCCAUCUCAUCCAAGCUGCCAAGCUGGGCAACGUGAAGGCCCAGAGCAUCUUACGGACAGCUGGAACGGCUUUGGGACUCGGGGUUGUGAACAUCCUCCACACUGUGAACCCCUCCCUGGUAAUCCUGUCUGGAGUCCUGGCCAGUCACUACAUCCACAUCGUAAAGGACGUCAUCCGACAGCAAGCCCUGGCCUCCGUGCAGGAUGUGGACGUGGUGGUCUCAGACCUGGCGGACCCAGCCCUGCUCGGCGCGGCCAGCAUGGUCCUGGACUACACCACCCGCAGGAUCCGCUAGGCCUCCUGGGAAUGGACAUGGACUGAGACCCAGGAGCGUUAGUGGAACCAUGCUCUUUUAGAUCAGCAUUUCUUCGAAGGCAAAUUUGGGGGGCUGCUGAGACAGCACAGUGGCUAAGAGCCUGAACUGCUCUUGCCAAAGACCCAAGUUCAGUUCCCAGCACCACGUCAGGCAGCUCAACUGCCUGAAAGCCAAGCCCCAGGGGAUCCAGUGCCUCAGCUGCCUAGGGCGUCCGCACUCAAAAGGACAUACUCCUCUCCAUGGGCACACACAUAAAAAUAAACCUUAUUUUUUAAAAGGUAAACUUGAUAUCUAAUCCCAGAAAUACCAGCAGAAGUAUCUUUGCAUUUUUUCUCUUCUGUAUUAGGGUUCCCUAGAACAGAACUGAUAGAAUGAGUCUCUCUACAAUAGAGAUUAUUAGAAUGGCUCACAGGCUGUGGUUCAGCUAGUCCAACAAUGGCUGUCUUGCAAGGGAAAGCCCAAGAGUCUGGCUCAGUGCAUGAGGCUGGAUGCCUCAGCUGGUCUUCAGUAUAUGUCAGAAUUGUGAGCAGGCAAGGGCAACCAGGCAACAGGUAACCAGGGAGCGAAUGCCUCCUCCUUCCUUGUCCUUUACAGAAGCUGUCACCAGAAAGUGUGGCCCAGAUUAAAGGUGGAUCUUCCCACCUCAAAAGAUGUGGACUAAAAGUAGACCUUCCUACAUCAAAUGAUUGAAUUAAAAACCCCUCCCAGGUAUACCCAGCUUCUUGGGCUUUAGUUUCAAUUCAGAUGUAAUCUGAAUUGAAUUUAGUUACAAUUUCAGAUGUAAUCAAGUUGACAACCAAGAAUAGCAUGUCUCCUUUCAAAUUUCCCCACGAGCUGUCUGCUCUGAUAGGGUCAUCUUACUGCGAACCCCGUGUGGGUUCUAAGGACACUUGCACCAAAAGGAGCAGCAGCUCCUAACCGACUUAGGACUCUUUCGAGACCUUGGGAUGGUGCAUCAUGGGAAGGCUUAGGUUACUGGUCCUCCUAAGACCACAGCGAGCUGCUGCACAAUAGGAAAGCUCACCAGAGAUGCCCACCCACUUGUUAGCAACGUAACAACUUACACAUCUUACAACUUGUCAAGAAGGCAUACUCCUACUAAAGAGUCACCACAAUCAAGGGACUGGACAGAUGUGGCACGCCCGUGUCUGCUGAAAGACGCUUUCCUUGUGGAGUUUGUGAAGAUACUUGAGACUGGGGUCCGAGUUAUGACAGCCUUAGUGGGGGCCCUUUCUUCCCAGAGGCUGCAACAGGACUCAGAACUUCUGGAAGGAAGGAGAGCCUUUCACUGCUCUCUGUGACCCAGAAUGUCAGCAGAGGCAGUGUGCACGUGUAUGUGCACGUUCACGAGUGCUGUGUAACACCCACAGCUCAGAGCCAUGGGUCUGGAUCCUGACUAAGUUAUUGUCUUUUUGUUGUGUUUAUUUUUUUGAGAGAAUCUCGUUUGUCUCACUCUAUCCCUGGUUAGUCUGAAACUCAACAACAACCCUCCUGCCCCAGCUUCCAGAGUACUGGAAUUAUAAACAAUCACCACACCUGAUUCUUACAAUCUGCUUUCUUGGAUGACAAAAUAUAAAAGUCUGAAGUUGUGCCUACUAACUGUACCCUGGAAUAAGUGCCAACAAGUGCCAGUCUAGCAGUUACCUUCUGCUGCUGUGAUGAAGGUGACCAAGGCAACUUACAGAAGGGACAGUUUCCUUAGCUCACAGUUCCAGAGAAUUUGUAAAGGCAGGAAAGACACAGGAAUAGGAGGCCGGGGCAGGGAGCUUGAGAAACCACACCUUCAACUACAAGCAAACAGUGGGGUGAGUGAGUGCAAACGGGGGAGGGGGACAUGGACUUACCAGGGCUGCCCAUGUCAAACAGCCCCACUGAGGAGCACACGCUAGCAGAGCUGAGCCCACGGAAGUCAUUCAAACUGCAUCCACUCCUGACUCCCAUAAACGCCCGGGCAUACGGCAAUGCCAAGCAAUCCGUCCGGCCACCUCUGAAGUCCCUGUAGUCUUCAACAGUCUCAACACCAAGCACUAAGUUUCUUCCGAGAUGUAAGGGAAUCUCUCAACCUCAAUGUCCUGGUAAAGUGAAAACGACAGACUUCCAACCCACAGUGGCAGAGUAGACUUCCAAAGAGAGCCGUGGAGGCUGGGAGCAGGGGCAUGAGGAACGGGACACGGAAGGAAUUAGGGACACAGUGGGAACCCUGGACAUAAACCAAACUCAGUAGGGCAAACUGCAACCCCUGCGCUUCCACCAGGCCGUCAGUCACGAAGGGCUCAGAGGCUCAGCCCCUGCAGCUUUGCUGUCACCUAUACACACAUCUUUCUUGGGCUGGUUAUAGCCAGCCCGUAAACCAGUGGCUCUCAGCCUUCCUAAUGCCGUAAUCCUUUACUACAGUUCUAUGGAUUAAAUGAGCUUAAUACAAUUUAUGUCCUGGUGACCCCCCCCAACCAUAAAAUUACUUUGUUGCUAACUGUAAUUCUAUUACUGUAAUGAAUCAUAAUGUAAUUAUAUGAUAUGCAGGAUAUCUGAUAUAUGCCCCCCUCCCUGUGAAAAGGGUCCUCCGACAUCGCACAGGGUCACGGCCACGGGCUGAGAACUGCUGCCUUCAAUUAUCACCUGUGUCUGGUUAUUAUCCAGGCCGCCAUGUCUGGGGCAGAGGAUGCACACUAAGGGGGUCUCUUCACUCACUAAUGGGUUACCCUGUAAUUACUACACACCAAACAACUGCACUGUUACCACACUGUCAGCCAUAUAUUUGAAAGGAUGAUACCAAAAUGAAAGCCAAAUCUGUUUUAAUCAAAUUUGUGGAAAGUGUAACACAUUCUGACAAAAUAUAUACGGAGAAACUAUGUCUCAAUUUAAAUAAAUAUUUUAUUGUGAUUCUGAA